ACAGCACGCAUGUGCCGUCAACCCGGAUGUAAAUCACUUGAGCCGAAAGUGUCAGGCGGCCGGGCCGAUCCGAACCGAUCCGAACCGGGCCAGACCCGGGCCAGACCCUGCUAACUCUGCAUUCGCACAUUACCAAAGCAAACAAAGGCGACAGGCAGCGCAGGACAUCGCAGAUCACCGCGUCCAUGGCAUCAAUUGGCCCAUAAAACCGCCCAAGCAAGUGGGAGAACCGGGCGGAUUUUGGCGAGACAAACCCGGGAUAACCGGGAUGAAGCAGAGCAGGGCUCGGUGCAUCUGCUACUUGGAGAUUACUCUGAUGACAGCUCUCUCAGUCUAGUGAGAUGAGAUGGAUUUCCGAGGCAAAAAAUAUGAGCGAGGAAGUAACUGGUCAGAUCCUGAGGUGGUGGAGUUGCUGCAGCUUUGGGCUGAUGAAUCUGUUCAGAUGGAGUUGGAGAGCUGCCUGCGGAAUCAGCAUGUCUUCAACAGGAUAGCUGAAGUCUUGAGGGGAAAAGGUAUCCACAGAACUGGAGACCAGUGUAGGGAGAAGAUUAAAAAAAUGAAACUUGAAUACAGAAGAAUUAAGGAUAACAACAAAAUCUGCAGAGGUGGCAGAACCUGGAAGUUCUUUGAGGUGAUGGAUAGAGUGCUGUCCAACAGACCAAAUAUUUGUUAUAGUACUGUGGGUAACACGGUGAUAACACAGCAGAUACCACCAGGUAUUCUGGCAACAGGAGAUGGCUAUAUUCAUCAUCAUCACCACCAUCAUCUGACUUCUCCUCCACUUGGUAUUUCUCAUUCACAUCAUCCUCAGGAACUAAUGGAUAUAAAAUGUGAAGAAGUGGAUUCGGAUGAACACAGUGAGACUCCUGAACCACCGCCCUCUCUUGUACUCCAGCAGAGUGGAGAUGAUCACGGAAUGGAUGGGAGUCUUUUGGAAGGAGGUCAACAUGAUGGGUCAUCAGUUAUUAGGGUCGAUGUUCCAGCAGAGAAUACCAUUUCCCCAUCAGACUAUGUCAAUCAGAAUAUAGGUGGCACAUCUUCAGGAAUGCACACCUCAGGACCUGCAUUUUCCACCCUCCACAGACUUCGCCGGAAGAGGAAGCCACCCCGGGUGAAGGAUCCCUUAGAUGACAUUCUUCUUAAAUUUCUCACAGCGCAGAGGGUAGUGGAGGAACGUUUCCUGCAAAUGGAGGAGCGCAGAAUGCAACGGGACAUGGAACUAGAGGACAGGCGGAUGCAACUGGAACAGCGCCGGAUGGAGCUGGAACGGGAGCACGAGUACAGAAUGUUCACCAUCUUUGCUCAGAUGGUGAAUGCGCUUCGACACGGUGGCUCCGUGCAGAACUUGGGCUUGGACCUCAGCCGAGUCUUCUCACAGUCCUCUGACCAAGCUACUGAAACAGUUGGAAGCCCGAGCUCAGCCUCCACCUCCAAAGAUGGUAGCAGUAGAGUGCUCCAGCAUCAGAGCAAACCUUUACCAAAUGGAUUGAGAGAUGUUACAACUCAUGCAGAAUUGAAUCCAACAUUCCAGCACCUUCAGUCAAGUAUUUAUUUAUCGAAAAGAGGAAACGAAAUUAAGAAUUUUUUUGGAAUAUUUCAGAAAGAUUCUCCUGCGCAUCACGCAGAUAAGUACGAUGAAGACAAAAACCCGAAUGGCAUUAUUAAUCUGGGAACCAGUGAAAACAAGCUGUGCUUUGAUCUUCUUUCCAAAAGGGUGAUGCAGACUGACAUAAUACAGAUGGACCUGCCACUCUUGGAGUGUCCAGACUGGAAUGGACACGAGUUUCUCAGAGUGGAAGUUGGAAGGUUUUUGACGCAUCACUGUAAGGCAUCUGUAUACAUCAAGCCUGACAACAUAGUGGUGGUUAAUGGAUGUGGAUCUCUCUUUUCCUCAUUGUCUGCUGUGCUCUGUGAUCCUGGAGAUAGAAUUCUUCUACCCACACCAUACUAUGGUGUUAUCAAGGAUGAUAUUUUUCUCUACAGCAAAGUCAAACCAUUGCAUGUGCAUUUGGAGAGCAAAGUGACUGAUGGUGACACACGUCCAUUUCAACUUACAGUGGGAAAGCUGAAAAAAUCAAUGGAAGCUGCAAAGCUCCAGGGUAAGAAGGUCACAGCCAUGAUUCUAACAAACCCUCACAAUCCCCUGGGUGAUAUUUAUUCAGCAACAGAAAUGAAAGAAUUUCUUGAGUUUGCUAAAAGAUACAAAUUGCAUGUAAUUGUGGAUGAAGUGUACAUGCUUUCGGUAUUUGAUGACGUAAACUCAUUCCAAAGUAUCCUCAGCUUUAACAAGCUCCCUGAUCCACAGAGAACUCAUGUUAUGUGGGGAAUUAGAAAGGAUUUUACAGCCAGUGGACUUCACGUCGGUACUCUACACACUGAGAAUGCUGAUGUUAUUAAUGCCCUUGGCCAACUGUCACACUUCCAUGGUGUUCCAGCUGCCACACAACAUAUGGUAGCACAGUUACUGAGAGACCAAGAUUGGUUCAAUCGUGUUUUUUUACCAACAAAUCGAGCCAGAUUAAAAACUGCCCACAAGUGUAUGACAAAUGAAUUAAUAGCAAUGGACAUUCCUUUCUUGAACCCGCAGGCAGGCCAUCACAUCUGGGCUGAUUUUAGAAAGUAUUUAAGGAAUCCGACAUUUGAAGAAGAAACAAAACUAUGGAAGCGAUUUCUUAAAAAUAAAAUCCUUCUCAGCAGUGGGAAAUCAUUUGGGUGCUGUGAACCUGGAUGGUUCAGCAUUGUGUUUGCUGACAAAACCAGUAGACUACAACUAGGAAUGCACAGAAUUAGGAAAGUCCUGGAAGAGCAAGAUUCAGUAAUCCAAUCUCUUGAUAAAGAGCCAAAUUCUGAUUCUGAGAGUAGGACCAAAAUUGCCGAAGAAGUCAUAGAAAUUGGUGUCCAGCCAUCUCUACCAGAUCCUGCUCUUGAUGGUCUGAUUGGACUUCUCCGUGAACAGAUUCGAACAACUGACUGGUUACAGAGAAACACAGCUGAACAGUUUGCUCAAGAGAAUCCCGAAGUCCAUGAAGUUUUCUGCAAGCUCGCAGAGAAAUAAUCAGUCCUGCAAUUUACAAAAAUGUGUAAACUGAAUGAAUUAGUCAUUCAUUACAGGGACUCAUGGGCUGGAAACAUGACACUGAAAUGGUACUGUAGAACACUGCUUGGACUUUUAACUUGUUAUUUUACUUGUUUAUAGCUUUACCUGUACGCAGAGCCCCCUGCCCAUUCUAAGGACAUUUAGCGACGAUGCAUUGAGAAAUGUCACCUUCACAGGAUUGUCAAGCAUUGUCAGCACUUGAGGUUUCAUUAAAUGACUAAAUCGGGGCAGCAGUGAACAGUGCUAGAACAAGGACACCAUUAUAUUCCUAUCCUUCUAUCACAACAUUAAAAAAAUAAUGUUAAAUACACUGCAUUACUCUCCUAAUAAUGAGGAAUUAUGAUUUCUUUAUAUUUCAAGCUGGUUGCUAAUAAACUAAAUCAACUUUUAUUGUGAAUGAAACAAUUUAUAGGUCACAUUUUGGGUUUUUUAAAUGUUGUUUAAAAUAUUGUUAACUGCUUUCCAUGCAGUAUUCUUCAUGACAACUAGGAAUCACUGUUGAUUUAUUUUUCAUUACUUGUGAUAUAUUUGUGUACUUUAAGGGUGGAGGAAGGACAAUACGGUUUUAUUCGUCACAUUGCACAUUUCACUUGCUCAUGAAUGCAAGACAGAUGUUUUUAAAUCUCAGCAAAUGUAAAAUAAAACUUUCGGAUGUCCAAUCCAUUUAGACUAAUAUGUGUUUACGACAAUAACAUAGUGAAGCUGAAAAGAGCAGAUAAUUGUGUAAAUAUAAAAAUAAUCUGCAACAAGCUAAGAAGCACUUGAAAAAUAAAGAACAGAUGAGUGAGACUAUGCUACCAAAAACUAUGGUUGCGACUGAGGGUUACACCUGAAUCAAUUCUGUCUUUGUUGCAGAUUGUGCAUUUCUGCUAUCUUCUGAUUUUGUUUAAAUUUCUGGUACUUUUAACUGCACAAGAGAACCCACACCGAUUGUUCAAGGAACUAUCAAAGCUGCAACUUUGUCCAGAGCUUUGAUUAACUCAUUUAUAUUUUGCAAAUGUACUCGACAAAUUAAAUUCCUGAUAUAGGAUAUAAUUGAUAAAGGACUUGGAAGGUCAAAGCUCUCAUCAGUGAACAAGUAAUAAGAUAAACAAUGAAAUCUGACAUAUAAUACUAAUGUGGAAAUGAUUAUACACAAUCGAUGAGUUCCAGAGAAUGCUGUUCUUGUGAGUGAAAUAAAAGGCUGGCUCCAGUGAAUUUGUUUUAAUUUUACAUGUGCUUUCCAUUUGCUUUGAAUGAGAAGAAAUUAUCGAUGGAAAAGGAUGACCUUACUAAAUGGGAAUAAACAGCACACAUGGGCAUUGGGAGCAUUUUUAACUCUUUCACCUAAACCACAGUAAAAGAAAGAGGAUGCUGUAAAAGGAAUCCUACAUUAUUCAAAUAUUUGGAUUAUGUUUCAGCAAAUCGGCAGUAUGAUUGAAAAAUCUUUUUGGUAGUUGAAAUUCAUUAUGUUGUUAUGUUCAUUUUGAAUGUUAAGAUUGUGUGUAACUUCUUCAGAAGAUAUUCUUACCACAAUAAAAAAAAUGUUGCUUUUACAUUGAAAUUGUUAAUUGCAAAGAAUGCCAUAUAGUACUGUCGCUUAAGAUCUUGUACGUCCUAUUUAUUAAUUUUACAUACCUUUUAAUUGCCUUUAGUGCCAAAUUAAUUUAAAUAUAUAGGAAUGUUUGUACAUUCUAGUUGUCUUUUCUCAUGGCAACUCACUUUGAGGAGGAAUUUGGUUUUCCCAUUGGAAUGUAACUUGUUGCUCUUCAGAGGGAACUAUCAAGGCGAAAAACUUUGUCCAGAGCUUUGAUUAACUAAUUUAUAUUUCGCAAAUUUACUCGCCAAAUUAAAUUCCUGAUAAAUGAGAUAAAGGACUUGGAAGGUCAAAGCUCUCAUCAGUGGGGAGUUUUUAACUUGGAGUUCAAUACUCUUACAUUGGGAAGGAUUUCUAUAUUUUGACUGCCAUUGUUCAUGAUUUUUGAGAUCUUAAAGUAAAAUUGUUCUGUUGAAGAUCUGAAGGCUAGAUUGUAUCCCAGUUAAAGAACCUUCCUAAACUGUUAUAACUAUUGGAAAAAAGUAAAUGUCAUCAUUAAUAAUCACUGUUUUUUCCCUCUACAGUUUGGUAAAAGAUUUAUGUAAACGAAAAGUUAGGCAUUUUGUCAUUGGCUUAUCAAAAACCUUCACAAGCAUCAGUUUUUUAGGGGAAGAGAGCUUGUUAAUUGCAGUCUCUGCAUAAAUAUUACAGACUUGCUGUGAAAUAGAAAUAGGACUAAUGGAAUAAAUGAGCCAAAUAACUGGCAUUUAUAUGAUGGGCCAAAUCACCUCUUUGCCGCAUCAUUUCCAUGAUCAAUUUUUAUUUCAGAUUUUGGCUGUUAACACAAAUUGUUUUUAUUGGUUUAAUUGGUCUCCAAUGUAGGAUUUAUCAAGGUUUAGUGACAAAAUGUGACUGAAAAGUUUAGUUCAAGAGCUCGAACUUCUAAAUUCAUCCUGGUAUCUUAGUAAAUUGUGCGCUAACUCUAAAUUGCAGUAGUGUGCAAAAGAGCGCCAGUGUUUUGAUGGAAUACUUUUUACAGUAUUUGGACUGGGUCCAGUUGUAUUGUUAUUUGGCAGUGUGCCUUGUGAAGGUGGUUUUGUGGAGAUAAUUAUAUACAGUGUGUGGUGGAAAUCAUUUUCAUGGAAACUGUUUUAGGGAAUAUUUUGUGUCUUAAUGUCACUAAAAUGAAACGUGCAUCUUAUCUAUCUGAUUUUGUGCAUAAGAUUGUGUUCCCGCUUUCCAGAAAGAAUGGGGAACUGUGGGUGAUUUCAAGGGAAGUCAAUUAAAAGGAGAAUGAACAUAAUUUCAAACAAAAGUAUUAUAUAAUUCCUUAUUGAAAAACAUUUAUCAUUUUUCACUUUAAGCUGAUAUGGAUAGUAUUUCCCUGCCUAGUUCACCCCUAAGUUUUAACAAUUGAUUACAUUGUUAGAAAAGUAAAAUUGCACCAAUGCUGGAAAUUUCUAAUAAAAUUUGAGAAAAAUGCUGAAAAUAGCAAGUCAAGUAGCAUCCACGAAGAGAGAAUUGUGAGGUAAUUGAUCUGAACUUUUAACUCUAUUUCUCUCUCCACAGAGUCUGCUAACCUGAGUAUUCCCAGGUAUUUCUGGUUUAGUUUAAACCACUAAAACCUUCAUUGCUUUCAUCACUGAAAGUAACGUGGAAUUCUGUUAAAUGAGUACUUUCUGCCUUUAAUUUUGCUUUCUUUCACUAAUGUUCUGUUGAGUACUGUAAAUGGCUGUGAAACACAAAUGUAAUUUGUCAUGUUAUGUUAACAUUGUCCCAAGGACAGAAUCACUAUUUGGACUAUUUGCCUAAAACUAAUGUAUGUAGCUGUGGAGUAAGAUAUAAUUGUCUGUGUUACGAUACCCACAUGGGAUAGGGAAAGAAAAUGAAUUUCAUAUAAAAUGUUUUGGAUCCAGUAAUGAUUCAAUGUGAUAGCGAUUUAACGUUAACACAAUUUCAAACAUGCCACUUGUUAAUACGUUAAUUAUUGUAAAAUAUUUUUUUUUUUGAGCUCUGUAUUCAUUUGCCCAGUAAAAUUAUGUUAUUGACACUUACA